GGUCGUCAAGGCGGCGAUUAGACUUGAAUUAGACGUCAUAUUUUGUGUUCAUAUUGUAUGAUUUGUGAUACUAUUUUUUGAUGACGAAGAAAACGUAUCUAGGAAGGAUGCUUGCAACGAUGGAAUCACAUUUACGAUAUAAUUACUUUUGAAAAUGUGGUUGGUGGUAUUCGUGAAAUCAGACUAUUACAAAGCUUGACAUCUUGAACUUUGAGAUAUGUCCCAAGAAUGGAGGGAAACAUAAAUCACAAUGUAAUAGAAAUCAAUCCGUCGAAUCAAAUUACUCCUAUGAGAAAAGAUGCGGAGUUAUGGUUUGAUAGUAGACGUAUAGACAUUCCCCAGCAUCAAAUACAACCAACUUAUUACAAGUUUCAAAAUGAAGUAGUUCCUACAGGUACAUUUGGGGAAUUACCAACAGCUGCCCAGUGGUGGCGGGAUACACCUGGAAUAACAGUGGUGGAUCCAAUCAUUUUACGUGAGGACGAAGUUCCUAGUAAUCCGUCUGCAGGUUAUCAUGUCUUAGGUAAUUCUGAAGAUAUUCAGCAUCAGAAUGACGUAUCAUUUGAGUCAAUUCCUAAGAAAGUAAAACGGAAUGUAAUAAAGACUAAAUCUGGUAAAGAGGCCAAGGACAUUGUUAAGCGCACAAAACAUCCAGAGAAGUGGAAAGUAAAUAUAAAAAAAAAUGCUAGAUUAAGAGGAGAGGAGUAUGUAGGAGUAGGAGGGAAGAUAGUACCUGCAAAGGUCAUGGGUCCUCCUUGCGAUUGUCGCAUGCAUUGCAGUGAAAAGAUAGAUGAAGAAGCACGUGAGCAGUUGCACAACGUAUUUUGGAAAACCUGUACAUGGGAGCAGCGCAAACAGUACAUUGCACUGUCUGUUAAAGAAUCUCCUAAACAACGUACAAGAUGCCGUGGGAAUGUUAAGUCAGAGCAUCGCAGACAAGUUACUUUCACUUAUUCUUUGCUAAUUAAGGGAGAGUUCAUAACAGUUUGCAAGCCAAUGUUUCUUAGUACCUUUUCAGUAUCGGAAAAGUUUGUAAGACACGCGAUGGACAAAAAAAGAACUUCUCCGGGUGGAAUAAUAGGGCCGGAUCAAAGGGGAAGACACACUCCUAAAACAAAAAAGAGCGAAGUGGUUAAAGACAGAGUGCGCGAACACAUUAAAUCUUUUCCCACGGAAAAAGCAAAUAAUAAGGAUCGCUCUACUAGAAGAUACCUAGACUCAAGUCUUAGUAUCGCUGCAAUGCAUAAACUUUAUGUGCAGAAAUGUAAGGAGGAUGGAAUACAAGACUGCGACAUUGUGAAGGAAAGUUAUUAUAGGGAAAUGUUUAAAACAGAAUUCAAUCUGGGAUUUAAAUCUCCAGAAGAGAAGGAAAAAAAACCACAAACGAUGCUCGGUUUUAGUGACGAUAGGAGCAAAGUGUGAAUAUUAAGAGGUAACUCUCUUUAAAGAGUGUCGUUUCAAUACGGGUACGCAAUAUAAUGUUGUCAAUUUCGAGGUAUCUCUAUUUCGAUAUUAUUUUGAGACAAAAAAUCGGAAUCCCAUUAAAUUAUUCUUCGACGAAGAAGACAAAUGGCAUAAAGUGAACUGUAUGUCAAAGUAUUUACAUUUGACUCUAUUUCAUUUCACUUUAUAUUCGUCUUUGAAAAGAAAAUUGUAAAUAUUGUUUUAUCUUUUCAAAACGUAAGCCUUUUAUAUAUAGACAGCCAAAUUAAUUUAGCGUGUGCAGGAUACAUGUGUGUGCACCAAGUCCCAGUUUUCUUUUCGAUUUUAUGCGUGUGAUUAGGAGAUAUAAAUAAGUUAAUUUCCCAUUGAACAUACAGUACACUGACAUUUUAUACUAAGUUUUAAUGACAAUUCCUUGCAAAGUAGUACUUUUACUGAAGAAAUUCAAUGAAGCGCCAGGUGUAGCCUCGGUUUUUUGUACUUUUUGCUAUUGUCUAACUAUAUGUACAUAUUCAUUAAAUUGAAAUAUCAAUUUAAACUUGA